AAAAAAUCAGAGUGCGUAGAUUAGAUAGGCUAAAAAUCUUCAUAUAAAUAUUGUGCAAAUUACAUAUUUACAUAUAAUAUACGCUUUCAGUAUAGAUAUUAAAUCAUAGAUAUAAACAAUGAAAAUAAUCGUAUUAUUACUACUAGCCGUAGUAUUAGCUUCGGCGGAUCAAACAGCACCUGGAACAGCAUCUCGCCCAAUCUUGACAGCAUCAGAAUCAAAUUAUUUCACUACCGCAACUUAUCUUCAAGGAUGGUCGCCACCUUCAAUUUCAACGAGCAAAGCUGAUUAUACUGUUGGUAAUGGCUACAAUACAAUACAAGCCGCUGUGAAUGCUGCUAUUAAUACAGGAGGCACCACAAGAAAAUAUAUUAAAAUUAAUGCUGGAACAUAUCAAGAAGUUGUUUAUAUUCCCAACACAAAGGUGCCUCUUACGAUUUAUGGUGGAGGCAGUAGCCCAUCAGACACACUGAUAACAUUGAACAUGCCCGCUCAAACUACUCCAUCAGCUUAUAAAAGUCUUGUUGGGUCACUUUUUAAUUCAGCGGACCCUGCCUAUAGUAUGUAUAAUAGCUGCGCAUCUAAAAGUGGCACUAUUGGAACUAGUUGCUCUACAGUGUUUUGGGUUAAAGCACCAGCUGUUCAAAUCGUAAAUCUCUCUAUUGAAAAUUCGGCUAAAAAUACCGGAGAUCAGCAAGCCGUCGCUCUACAAACUAACAGUGACCAAAUUCAAAUCCACAAUGCCAGACUGUUGGGUCAUCAAGACACACUGUAUGCUGGGUCAGGAAGUUCCAGCGUCGAAAGGAGUUACUAUACCAAUACCUAUAUUGAAGGAGAUAUCGAUUUUGUUUUCGGUGGUGGAUCUGCUAUAUUUGAAAGUUGCACUUUCUAUGUAAAAGCUGAUCGUAGAAGCGACACUGCCGUAGUUUUUGCACCUGAUACCGAUCCUCAUAAGAUGUACGGAUAUUUCGUUUAUAAAUCUACAAUUACAGGAGAUAGUGCUUGGUCAUCCUCAAAGAAAGCAUACCUAGGACGUGCUUGGGAUUCUGGCGUAUCCUCGUCAAGUGCAUACGUUCCAGGAACUUCACCUAAUGGUCAGCUAAUUAUAAAGGAGAGCACCAUUGAUGGAAUAAUUAAUACUUCUGGGCCUUGGACAACAGCAACUAGCGGCAGAACAUAUUCUGGAAAUAAUGCCAACAGUAGAGACCUUAAUAAUGACAACUACAAUAGAUUUUGGGAAUAUAACAAUUCUGGAAACGGUGCCUAAUUUUAUAAUGACAAUUUAUAGUAAUAAAAUAUUGAACCUAUAUGAUA